AUGCCCUGGAGAACCCCCUCGCCCUCUCUCCUCUCAUCCUCAUCCUCUCCCCACCCCGGCGCUCUCUCCUCUCUCUCUCUGCAGCACGCCCGAGCUAACCCUAGCUCCAGCCAGCUCGCCUCGCCGCCGUUCCGCGCCGCCCCGCGCCCAGCCGACGCCGCCGGGAGGUCCGCCGCGACGCCCUCUACCUCCUCCGCCCAGCAGCGCAAGCCGACGGGGCCGGAAUCGGCCGACUCGGGCCCCCGCCCGUGCCGCCGGCCACCGCCUAUCGCCGCCGACUCCGACCUCCCCCGCGCUCGCCGUCGACACCACCAGCUCCGUGGUGAGCUCACGGUGCUAACGCACCCCUUCGCGCUCUCUCUCUCCUCUCGGUCCGCCCCCGCCACGCGCGCCCGCGUCUGCCGCCGCGCGAGCUCGCUCGCCGGCCGGCUCCGGCGACCAUUGGCGGGCGGCGCCCCCGCCAAAUGGUUCCCCGCGUCGCCCUGGCACGCCCGAGCUAACCCUAGCUCCGGCCAGCUCGCCUCGCCGCCGUUCCGCGCCGCCCCGCGCCCAGCCGACGCCGCCGGGAGGUCCGCCGCGACGCCCUCUACCUCCUCCGCCCAGCAGCGCAAGCCGACGGGGCCGGAAUCGGCCGAAUCGGGCCCCGCCCGUGCCGCCGGGCCACCGCCUAUCGCCGCCGACUCCGACCUCCCCCGCGCUCGCCGUCGACACCACCAGCUCCGUGGUGAGCUCACGGUGCUAACGCACCCCUUCGCGCUCUCUCUCUCCCUACGGUCCGCCCCCGCCACGCGCGCCGCGUCUGCCGCCGCGCGAGCUCGCCGCCGGCCGGCUCCGGCGACCAUUGGCGGGCGGCGCCCCCGCCAAAUGGUUCCCCGCGUCGCCCUGGUCCUUUCCCCCUUCUCACGCGCCUCGAUUAGAGACCAAUUCGGCCGAUUGGAGAUCGACCAGAGCUCCCAGGGAGCUCAUGGCCGCGCUGACGUCAUGCUGACGUCAGCGUGA